CUCGUAAAUAUAAUUUUCUAAUCCUCGUAUUUGUAAGAUGGAAGUUUUUUGUGGCUGGGUUCGUCAUGCAUCGCGCGAGCCACCGCUCCUAACUAUAUCGCUGCUGCAGGCUACUCCGACAACGCCUAUGAUAGGUGCAUUACCCGCCACGAUCGUGUAUAAAGAUAUUUUCUUGCGGCUUAGAAGACCAAAAAGACUGAAAUUGACUCAACACAUGAGUUCAUCGACUGCCUAGAUGACAUCUGCAUCAUUCAUGAUGAUCAAAAGCUCAAUUCCCGAACAGUGGCCGUUUUUAGAAAUUGUUUACUACAAUUAUUUAGAAGACGGGUUUUUGAUUGGUCACUUUCGCUAUUUUUGCACAGGCAAUUUAAGCAAAUUUCCCAUGGAAUCAAUUCCUUUUAAUUUGGUGUACGUGACAUGGUUACAUAUAGAAAGUGAAGCUAGAAUUUGUGUUUUAAGUCUGUCUACCGCACCCUUCCUCGAGCAAGGUAUUGUGAAAAAAUCUGUAGCACUUUCAUUUAAAGAGUUCUCCAAUUUUUCAAUAUUUACUGAGAGAUUUGAUGAAAAAAAUUAAGAUCCCAUCAACUGAUUGCAGCGAGGCUUUAGGCGUUUAACAUCAACGUUCC